GAAUCCCUCCUAGUCACGCGUCGGGUGCGCUAAGCCUAUCUGGGCCACAGGAGGUUGGACCUUUUGGAACGCUUUGGAUUCCGUUUUUGUCUCCCAAUCCUCUUAUAAAUCAGUGUUCUUUUUAGUACACUUUCUGAAACCGGUGCACAUGUCACUUUCUUCGUUAUCUUACCCUCCCCUCCAUUUAAUCUGAUACAUCGUGGUGCGCAACCAAGGUUGAUCAGAUAGAUCAUCCCGCGCAACAUAGUGCAUUGUUACCUGUGCUACGGAGAACAUGUUCUUGUUUACCCCACGACAACUCGACUGCCUGCACGUCGUCCAGAACAAUCAAUCCUAAUAAUAUCUUUGAUUGUUUCUUUUUUAUCCUUUCGAUCUGAUGAUCCUCAUCAUGUCCGAUUGUUUUGAUGUCUCAAAAAACGCGCGACGCGAAUGAUCUAAAGAAUUGAUUGGGUUAUGGAUAACUGAUUAAUUCCACUUUGGGUCUUCCUCGCGACCGCCCUCAUUCCACGCGCCCUGGAGAACGCGCGAGGAAAAGCUUGGACCACAGCAUGAAGGAGAGUUUCUAGCCAAACACCCUUCCGCGUCGAUCCCAGUGGACACCCCCUAGUAUAACGGCUUUCGUUGUCCCCCAUGCUUUCAAUUCUGGCUUUGAUUUUCUCAAACAGGACCCUGGCCUUCUUAUUUUAUCCACACACUACUGAGCGUCCACAAAUUGCUCCUCAGCAAUUUCUGGUCGAUCUUCCCCAUUCUCUCGAUAUCCCUACCUACAGCGGCUACUUACCCAAUGUGCUCCACACGUGGGCAGUAACAGGGAGAUACCAGUUGAUGGGAAACAACUGGUGAUGCUCGAACUAUCUAUCUCACUGAUCAGAUGUACAUGACGUUGUUAUCAGGAUUGAAUCUAUGGCUAGGGAUCGAAAAGAGUAUCCGCUUAACCUGUCAUACUGCCGCCAUAACCUAAGAAGGCACCACAUUACAGUGCAUUAGUUCAUGCUUCAUAUGUGCAUGUUGUAACUUGCUAGCUGUGUGCUGCGUAUACUAGACAGUAUUAUGCGUAG